AUGCCCCGUUAUAUGCACUCUUUACCCGCUGUUGAACCGCCCGUAUCGACCUCCCUCGCGUCCGACUCCUUCCAAUUACUCUCGACCGAAGACAAAGCUGGUGAUGCGGAAGAUAUUCUUUUCAAACAACAAGUGGAGGACGUAAAGAGGUGGUGGGCAUCUCCUCGAUACAAAGGAAUUAAAAGGCCAUAUACUCCAGAAGAUGUUGUGAGCAAAAGAGGAACACUACAACAGACCUACCCCAGUUCUCUAAUGGCGAGGAAACUGUUCAAUCUGCUGGCAGAAAGAGCGGCCGAGAGAAAGCCAGUUCAUACCAUGGGGGCUAUUGAUCCCGUACAAAUGACACAACAAGCGCCAAACCAAGAGAUCCUGUAUGUGUCCGGCUGGGCCUGUUCCUCCGUGCUCACGACCACCAACGAAGUUUCGGCCGAUUUUGGAGAUUAUCCCUACAACACCGUUCCCAAUCAAGUCCAGAGACUAUUCAAGGCUCAGCAACUGCAUGACCGCAAACAUUUUGACGCGAGACGGAAGAUGAGUGCGGAGGAAAGAAAAACCACCCCAUACAUCGAUUAUAUGAGGCCAAUUGUGGCGGAUGGUGAUACCGGUCACGGUGGACUAUCUGCUGUCAUUAAAUUGGCCAAACUUUUUGCUGAAAAUGGCGCCGCGGCCGUUCACUUUGAAGAUCAACUUCACGGUGGAAAGAAGUGUGGCCACCUGGCUGGCAAAGUAUUGGUACCAGUGGGUGAUCAUAUCAAUCGUCUGGUGGCUGCAAGAUUUCAAUGGGACAUGAUGGGAUGCGAGAACCUUGUCAUUGCUCGCACCGAUUCCGAAAGUGGCAAAUUACUUUCCAGCGCUGUCGAUGUUCGGGAUCACGAAUACAUCCUUGGUGUUACCGAGGAGACUGAUCCAUUGGCCGAAGUCCUUCAAGAAAUGGAACUGAAUGGUGCUUCCGGACCAGAAAUUGACCAAUUCGAAUCGGCGUGGGUCAAGAAACACAAAUUGGUCACGUUUGAUGAGGCCGUGGAGGCUCACCUCAAAGCUGAAGGUGGAGACCCUUCUGAAUAUCUGUCGAAGACCCGGGAAAACCGCAACAUGUCGCUUUCAAAACGCCGAGCGCUAUCUGCCCGACACGCUAAAUCCCCGGUGAUUUGGUCUAGCGAUAUUCCUCGAACUCGAGAAGGAUUCUAUCAUUACCGAGCAGGACUAUCUGCCGCAACCAAGCGAGCCAUUGAGUUUGCUCCUUACGCCGAUCUUCUCUGGCUUGAGACUGCCGAUCCUAGCGUUUCGAAGGCGGCUGGAUUCGCCCAAGAAAUCCACGAAAAAUACCCUGGAAAGCAAUUGGUUUAUAAUUUGAGCCCGUCAUUCAACUGGAUGGGACAAGGUUUUGAUGAUGCUUCUUUGAAAUCUUUCGUGUGGGAUCUGGCCAAAGAAGGAUUCGUUCUCCAGCUUAUCUCUCUGGCUGGUCUUCACUCUACAGCCACUAUCAGUGCUGAGUUAUCACGCGCCUUCAAGGAAGAUGGAAUGCUUGCAUAUGUCAAUUUGAUUCAAAGCCGAGAAAAGAAACUCGGAGUAGAUGUUCUGACCCAUCAGAAAUGGAGUGGAGCUCCUUAUAUUGAUGGAAUCAUCGGUGCCAUCCAAAGUGGUAGCAGUGGUAGCAAGAGUAUGGGUGAAGGCAAUACAGAAUCCGGUUUCUGA